CGGUCUGGGUGGUGUGAACGGUCUUGUGAAGAUAUGUGCGUUCGUGCGCGCGUGUGUGUGUCUGUGUCAGAGAUAGAGAGAGAGAGAGAUGAGGGAGUGAGUUUGUGUGUAAAUCGAGAGGUUCUUCGGCCAAAUCGGCACAAGAAAAACAGGCUUAAUAUUGUAUUAUUUCUGCCUGAUCGAGGCGAAAUGCUGCGUGUUAAGGCAAUGACGUAGUAUUUCCGUUUGUGCUUUUUAAUCAACUCCGCUCUUUUUUUCUGGGGAGCUGUGACUGUCGUCGCUGUUAUAAUAAGCAUUUCUUGCCCUUGUGAGAACGGCGAUGAACAUUUCUCUUGAUAAAUAUCCUGACCUGCUUGCUUUUCGUGGGCCCGUUUUACAACGCGUUAAACUGAAUAGUUUGCAAUCGGAAAAAUGCAAUGCCACUUUUAAGUCGUUGGAUAUGCAUGGUGAGUACGGAGAAUGCAUCUGGAAAAGGCUGCAUUAUCGAGAUGAUGUUACGUACUGCUACUGCGCUACAGUAAAUCUGGCCGUCUAUUUCUGUGAAAAUGCAUAUCUGGAUAUGGAAAUUCACCCUGCUUGUUACCACAUCUCUAAGCUUCGUGAAAAUGUAUGACGGUUAUGGGGAGAUUUGUAGAAAUCUCUGUACAUGCGAGGAGAAGGAUGGGAUCCUGACAGUGAGCUGUGAGAACAGAGGAAUCGUCCGGCUGUCGGAAAUUAGCCCUGUGCGUUUUCCCAUGUACCAUCUCCUACUGACUGGAAAUCUCCUAAAGAGGCUAUCUCCAAAUGACUUCAUCAAUUACACGGCGGUUACUAUUUUACAUUUAGGGAACAAUGACAUAUCUGAAGUUGAAACGGGUGCAUUCAAUGGACUUCAGGGAUUAAGGCGGUUGCAUCUCAACAAUAACAAAAUUGAUGCCCUGAGGGAUGAUACUUUUGUGGGCCUUGAGAGACUGGAGUACCUGCAGAUUGAUUACAAUUACAUCACCCACAUAGAACCCAAUGCCUUCGGUAAACUUCACUACCUGGAAGUGCUGAUUCUGAAUGACAACUUGCUAUCGGCUCUGCCUACCAAUAUUUUCCGACAUGUUCCCCUGACUCACCUUGAUCUGAGGGGCAAUCGGCUGAAAAUGUUCCCAUAUGUGGGCCUUCUGGAACACAUGGAUAAAGUAGUGGAAUUACAGUUAGAGGAGAACCCAUGGAAUUGUUCUUGCGAGCUCAUUACUCUGAAGGCCUGGCUGGAGAGCAUCUCCUACACUGCCUUAGUGGGGGAGGUCGUUUGUGAAACACCUUUUCGGCUGCAUGGGAGAGACCUGGAUGAGGUUUCCAAGCAGGAAUUAUGCCCCAGGAGAGCCAUUUCAGAGUAUGAAAUGCGGCCACAGCCACCUCUGAGCACGAUUGGAUACUUCCAGACCACGCCUGCAGUGGUGACAGCGUCGGCUACAUCAUCCGCAGUUUUACGGUCUUCUUCAAGGCCAACAAAGGGCACUGGUCAAUUGAGCAGGUCAAAGACCAAACCCACAUCUCGCAUCCCCUCUAAUAUCCCAUACAACUAUGGUCCCAUAAUUGCUUAUCAAACUAAAUCUCCUGUGCCUUUGGACUGCCCAGCUGCUUGCACAUGCAAUUUACAAAUCUCUGACCUUGGCCUGAAUGUUAAUUGUCAAGAAAGAAAAAUAGAAAACAUCUCUGAUUUAAAGCCUAAACCAUACAAUCCAAAAAAGAUGUACCUUACGGGAAAUUAUAUUUCAGUUGUUCGAAGACCUGAUUUCAUUGAGGCCACUGGAUUAGACCUGCUUCACCUUGGAAACAAUCGAAUAGCUAUCAUUCAUGACAGAGCCUUUGGGGACUUAGCACAUUUGCGUAGGUUGUAUUUGAAUGGCAAUUUGAUUGAGCGCCUCACAAUAGAUAUGUUUUAUGGUCUCCAAAGUCUGCAAUACUUGUACUUAGAAUACAACGUAAUCAGAGAAAUAGUGUCAGGAACCUUUCAAUAUUUACCCAAUCUUCAGUUACUUUUCCUGAAUAACAAUGUUCUGAAAACCCUGCCUGGUGGUGUAUUUUCUGGCUUGACAUUAGCCAGACUUAAUCUUUGCAGUAACCAUUUCCAGAAUCUCCCAGUGAAUGGUGUCUUAGAUCAGCUGAAAUCUCUUGUGCAGAUAGACCUACAUGAGAACCCAUGGGAUUGUUCCUGCGAUGUGGUGGGCAUGAAGAUGUGGUUGGAGCUGCUUAAUGCUGGCACAGUGGUGAAUGAUGUGUUGUGCGAAACUCCAAAAAAACUCACUGGGCAGGAUAUGCGUUCCGUCAGUUCUGAUUACCUGUGUCCAGACUAUUCUGAUGUGAUUGUCUCAACACUAUCUCCGACUGAAGAGUCUUUCUCAGAUAGCCCAACUACUAUAGAAAGCUCAUUGAGAUACACACCCUCCAGCACAGUUCCGCUGUCUGUGUUGAUUUUGAGCCUCCUUUUGGUGUUUAUAAUGUCGGUUUUUGUUGCUGCGGGACUGUUCGUGGUCGUGAUGAAACGACGUAAAAAGUCUCAAAAUGACCGUACCAGCACAAAUAACUCUGAUGUGAGCUCUUUCAACCUGCACUAUAGUCUUUACAGUAACAGGUCAGUCCCAAAAGUUAAAACCCCUGCGGGACAUGUUUAUGAGUAUAUUCCACACUCGCUGGGUCACAUGUGCAAAAAUCCCAUUUAUAGGUCUAGAGAAGGCAAUACAGUGGAGGAUUAUAGAGACCUGCAUGAACUAAAGGUGUCGUACAGGAACAACACUGAUGAAGAGAGGGACAGUGGUCUUAGGAGUCCCACAUACAGUGUGAGUACUAUAGAACCACGUGAUGAUCCUUCCCCUGUUCAAGAUGCUGAGCACUUCUUCAGAGCCAUUCUUGAGCCCGACAAACAGUCGCCAUCUGGACACAGUUAUGAAUAUAAGUACAGUGGCCCUGCUUCUUAUACCUACACACCGAACUAUGAUGUCAGGCGCCAGUUCUUGCAUCCCGAGAGGAUACGAGAGACUGUGUUGUACAGCACAACACCAAGUACUAUUUACGUUGAGCCCACCAGGAAUGAAUAUUUGGAAUUAAAAGCUAAACUUCAAGUGGAGCCGGACUACCUUGAAGUUCUUGAGAAGCAGACAACGUUUAGCCAAUUUUGAACUGCUUGACUAUAUAUAUGAAUAUAUAAACAUGAAUUUCUAUAAGUUGGAAGGUGCCUUGGCACUAGGGAACCAUCGUUAAGGAAGAUAAAACUGGGGUGUGCCGGACUAUGUUAUUCUUAUUUUUAGAACCGCAUUACAUGACAGACAUCAGAUGCCCUAAAAAUGAAAAUGGAUGGAUAUAAAAGGUUGUGUUUCAUAUCUGUCGAUGCAAAAUAUAUUUUUUUUACUUUUAAGAUUACAUACAUAUUAAUGUAGAUGUACAGGUGAAUUUACCGAAAUGAAGCUUAACAAGUAUAAUCAUACAUACAGUAUAUUGUGAAUAACAAAUGUUUAUUAUUCAUCUUCUGAUUUAAAGAAAAAGAAAAAAAAAACAUGCAAAAUAACGGUGCACAUUUUAUUGUGUAGGACAUUUCUGCUCUUGUCUGGUACUAUUUAUUGGUAUACGCUCUUGAAAUUCAUCAUGUUAACAGUUGAUUCUUCCUUUAUAUUUCACAAGUUCUGUUUUAUUGUCACAUGUAAAGCCUCUGUGUUGUUUUGGAUCAUUUACAGAAGCUUGCAUAGUCAGGUUGGCUUUAUUUAAAGUUGGCACACCCCAAUGUCAAAUCAGACAUUGUGUCAAAAAAACUGUCUUUGUAUGCUUUCUGCACUUUUUCGAAGGGGUGGGGGGAAUGAUCUUCACAAUUUCUCAAAAAGAAAACAUAAGACUAUUAUAUAUUAAUAAUGAAUAUCUGUAUUCAUUCUUAAUAUGGAUUUUUAAUUGUAUUUAGAACCCAUAAAUAAUAUUAAAGUAAUAAUUAUGUUGUAAUACUGAUAUUUUAACAUAACAUCUAUUUUUUAUACAGGCAUUGGAAACCUUUCCCUUACUGCUUUAGGUUUUGUUUGCUUUUAUUUGCUUUGCACAUAUUGCACUACUUAUAUUGACCAAAAUGUGUUUAUAUCAAAAAUAAAUAUAUCAGGUUUUCAUACAUGCAUACUAUUUGAAAUAUUUCCACAAAAAAAAUUCUGAGGCAGCUAUUGGAAUUUAAGCUAGAAGAAUUUGUGGUGUAAUGGAUAUUUAAUUUAUGAAUUACUGGUUCGGUGCAAUUAUUUUUCUACGUUUCCUUUGAUUUGGCAAUACAUGUAAACAUUUUCAGUGUACCAUGAAAUUACAACUGGCCAGACAAAAACUCCUGAUGUCUUUAAUUUUUUAAGACUCAGUUCGAAUGGGGUUGCUGAAGGUGUAUUCUCAGUGAUAUAUUUAGGGUGACAUAACAUUAGGAAGUACACAGUAUAUAGGAAAUUCAGAAUUUUUGUAAAGAUAUUAUUAUUAUUAUUAUUAUUAUUAAAACUAACCAAUAAUAAAAAAUGAAUAAUGGUGAAAGGGUAGAUGAAAUAAUUCAUAUAAAAUGAGCAAGAAAAAAAAAACAAAAUAUAUUUGACAGAUAUUCUUACACCUUUCAGAAACAUUUUGUUUUUCACCUUUUCAAUGUCCGCUGUAUAUAAGCUCUGGCAGUGUGCAUUUGUGCUUGAUAUGUGCACAUUUUCCUGGUUAAGUUUCUUGGUCUACUUUGGAGAAAUGUAGCACCAGCUAAUUCCCUUCUUGCUCAUUCUCUCAAGGACAUCAAAUGAUGGGUUCACAAAAUGAACAAUUUCUCUAGAAUUGCAGAGGGUGCACAUAUCUGUAUAAUAACAGUGAUAGAAGUCAUCUGAGCAAUAACUCAUCUUAACACCAAUUGGAGUUACAGGUGUUUUAAUACAAAAUAGCAAUGUGCGUGUGACUGUUUAUGUGUGUGGGGGUCCAAGAGACAAUGUUUUUCUGUUUAUUUGAUUAAAAAUAAUAAAAACCUUAACUUUUUUGUAGCGGACACAUAUUUUCCAUCUUCCUAACUGAAUGAACAAAAGAAAAAAACAUAACAUUUUUAAAAAGUCUGUAAUUGCCUGUAGCUAAUCCAUCCAUUUCAGGGCUUUGGCUAGCACUCUGGGGCAGGUUCAGACAACACUGAAAACCUGACCAGAAUAACAGGCAUACAAAUAUGUUAAUGGAAUCCAAGUUGGGCAUUUUUUAUCUUUACUUCUGAAAUCAGAAACAGUACCUUUAUCAAGCUGUGGCCCCUUUAAUACUGUUGGUUGACAAAAUGUUAAAAUUUUCAUUUAAAUAUCUAGCUUAAGCCAGUGUGGAAGACAUUGCAACCAUUUUUUAUUCUAAAUCAAUUUUAAAUGCAAACAAUGUGUGUGAGAAACAGCAACAAGUUUAUAUUUUUUAAGAGUUAAUU